UUGCUCACACUCCUCCCUACCUAUAGACCCAAUGUGAUGUACAGUGCUGCUCACGCAGAUAUUUCCCCCCCGUCGGAUUAUUUGCUAAUCAGACUUCAGUGCAGUGGCGAUAAGAGCAAGGCCGUUGCCUAGCUGGGAGGCUCUGCCAAGCUCGCGGGCUCCCGGAGCCGAGGACCGAAGCGGCGGCCGCUGCCCCUGGCCGCUGGCCGGGGCCAGUGCAGCCGGAGCUGUCCGCGGUCGGCGGGAGCUGUCCGCGGUGCUGGGAUGCGGGCUGUGCGGGGCUCAGGGCAGCCCCACCGCAGCCCCGGAGGAGCCCCGCCGUCCUGCCGGCAGCCCAAGGUAGGCUCGCUCUUUGUUUGAGAAUCCCGACUUCGGCGACAGACGGAGGCAGCUGGAGAGAGCAAGGCUGCCUGUAGGCACGAAAAGAGAGGCGAUGCCACAGCUAGACUGCCUCAGACCUUCUCGGGGGCAAUGAGAGCGCCAGUGUCUUUCCUGCUGCAAGAAGCCAUUUGGAUAGCAUUUUUUCUACCCCUUGCAUUCCGCCCUUUUUGUCUCCACGGAACAUAUUCAAAUGAGGCACCUUAGAAACCUCUGUGUUAGUGCAUAUGAUGGUGCUGUGAUCUUCUGUGUUGUAAAGUGGGUAAAAACCAUCCAGAUUAUUCUCUGCUGGACCUCAAAGCAGGGUGUUGUUUAUACCCUCCCAUUAUCUGCACCCUCUCUUCUCUGAAUGUGGAUUUAAAGAAGCAAGCACCUGUCUUUCUGACCGUUGCAUAUUUUAAGAGCCAAACUUUCCAUGCCGUUUUCAUCGUGCGGUAAGAAGAUCUGUAACCUAGCACACUGACUUAGAGUGAUGUUGCAUUCUACAAUCUGGGCAGUUUUGCCAGCGAGAUUUAAUGCACUUUAACUGAAGAAAAAAAACCCUGAACCUAACUGCAAAUCUGUUCGUGGUGCUGAAAUUUCCCUUCCGACUGCACUGAGAUAACCACAGGAAAGGGCUUUUACAGGCAGAAGUCACCUUUGAUUAUUGCACUUAGCAGUCCCCGUGGACUUAAAUCUUGGAAACGUUGCUUUCCUUUGUUCAUUAUCUCCUGCAAGAUGAUGAGUUCUAAUCAGGAGGAGGUCACGUUGGGCGCUUUUCUCCAGUAUAUUGAAGAUAUGGGGAUGAAGGCCUAUGAUGGCUUGGUUAUACAGAAUGCAUCAGACAUUGCUCGAGAGAAUGAUCGCAUGAGGAAUGAAACAAACCUGGCUUACUUGAAAGAAAAGAGCGAAAAACGCCGAAAACAGGAAGAAGCAAUAAAACGCAUAGGUGGAGAAGUAGUGAGAGGAAAUGAAGGAAGCUACGUGGGGAAGCAUUUCCGCAUGGGAUUUAUGACAAUGCCUGCUCCUCAGGACAGAUUGCCACAUCCUUGCUCCAGUGGCUUUACCGUGAGAUCCCAGUCUCUUCAUUCUGUUGGAGGAACCGAUGAUGAAAGUAGCAGCUCUCGAAAGCAACCACCUCCAAAACCUAAGCGAGACCCCAACACCAAACUGAGCACCUCAUCUGAAACAGUCAACACUGGAACAACAAGUAAAAGUGGGAAACUACCAGACAGGACUGAAGUGUCAGCCAAACCAAGACCUCACAGUGAUGAGUACACAAAGAAGAUUCCACCGCCUAAGCCAAAACGAAAUCCAAACACUCAGCUAAGCACAUCUUUCGAUGAGACAUAUAUCAGAAAGCACGGCCCCAUGAAGACAACGCUCACCAGGGAUGCCUCUUUGUCACAAGUCAGCAGUCCUGCACCAGAUACAGAGGAAGAGGAGCCUGUUUAUAUUGAAAUGGUUGGGAAUAUUCUCAGAGACUUCAAAAAAGAUGAGGAUGACCAAAGUGAAGCAGUCUACGAGGAGAUGAAAUACCCCAUAUUUGAUGAUGUAGGCCAAGAUUCAAAAUGUCAAUGUGAAUAUGACCAUCACACUUGUUCUUCUCAGUGUGCUACUCCCACAGUGCCUGACCUAGAUUUCACCAAGACUUCAGUGCCAUCUACUCCCAAGGGCUUGCUUUGUGACAUACCCCCACCAUUUCCAAAUCUGCUUUCUCACAGACCUCCGCUACUGGUGUUUCCACCAGCACCAGUGCAGUGCUCCCCGAAUUCUGACGAGUCUCCUCUCACUCCACUGGAGGUCACAAAGCUUCCGGUGUUAGAAAACGUGUCUUACAUCAAACAACAAGCCGGAGCGUCUCCAUCUUCACUGCCACCCCAUACACCAGGCCAUCAAAAACUGGAGAAAGACCAGACAGUUUCUCAUGGAACUAGCACCCCUGGGCACACCUCCUCACCUCCUCAUCCCUCUACCCUAUAUAGAACACAGUCUCCACAUGGUUAUCCUAAAAGUCACUCUGCCUCACCUUCUCCUGUCAGUAUGGGUAGGUCUCUUACUCCUUUAAGCCUCAAAAGACCUCCACCUUAUGACUCUGUACAUUCAGGAAGUCUCUCAAGAAGCUCUCCAUCAGUGCCUCAUUCUACAGCCAGAAACACAUUGCAAGAAGGAGGAAAGAUGGUAAAUGUCUCAGUCAGUACCUAUGGGUCAUCGUCUCAGAGUGGUUCCCGCUCUCGGACACCCACCAGUCCUCUGGAGGAGCUAACCAGCCUCUUCACCUCAGGACGAAGUCUCCUGAGGAAGUCCUCCAGUGGCAGAAGAUCUAAGGAACCUGCAGAAAAACCCCUAGAUGAGCUGAAGAUCAGAAGUCACAGCACCGAACCACUACCAAAGCUGGAAAACAAAGAGAGAGGCCAUCAUGGAACAGCUUCCUCCAGGGAGCCAGGGAAAGCUCAGGAAUGGGAUGGAACACCAGGCCCACCAGUGGUGUCCAGCAGGCUGGGAAGAUCCUCUGUCAGUCCAACUAUGCUGGCCGGAAGCAACAGCUCAGAGCCUAAAGCGAGCUGCAGAUUAGGCCGGUCUGCCUCCACGUCGGGCGUGCCUCCUCCCUCCGUCACUCCGCUCAGGCAAGGCAGCGAUCUCCAGCCCAGCCAGGUGACAUGUAUGCAGUGGUUGCAAGGGGACCACACCAUGCUGGAUAUGAUUGAGAAGAAGCGUUGCCUCUGCAAAGAAAUAAAAGCUCGACAGAAAUCAGAGAAGGGACUCUGCAAACAGGACAGCAUGCCUAUCUUGCCCAGCUGGAAGAAGAAUACUGGGACCAAGAAAUAUAGCCCUCCUCCUUAUUCCAAACAGCAGACUGUUUUCUGGGACACUGCCAUUUGACAGGCAUGUGGAGGAUGUCCUCUCCACUGUGGUGCACCAUGCACAGGUAGCCUGCUCUCUUAAUAAGGCAAAGGCUCUAACCUAAGACUUAUCCACAGGUCUUGAAAUUCCUAGGAGACCACAGCGAUACAGUGCUCACCUGUCCAGAGAGAGAGAGAGUUAAGUUUCCAACUGGAUUAAGACAUACAUAUUUAUCCAGGAUUUUUUUGGAUCCAGAAGAUAUCAAAAUGUAAAUAUUUUGCCAAUCUAUUGAAAGCACCCAAACAAAUACACUGUUUAAAUAUAUAUAUAUAUAUAUAAAUUCAAAAAUUUAUGAAAAAUUUUACUAUAUAAUGUUACUGUUAUACUGUUUUAUUACCUAUUUUCUAUGUGGUAUUCUAACAUUCCCCCUCCCAAAUACCUUGCUGCCACCAUUUCAUUUCUCUUGCCUGCCUAGAUUUGGCCUCUGUACAAAAGCAUACAGUUGUACUUCUGAUUGAAUGAGACAAUGUGCAAAGCGACUUGGUGCUAGGGUUGUAGAAGUUACCUGGAGCAAACUGCAAGCAAUGCAAAUAAAAGUGCUUAAUGUGGAUGCCCAAGUUGCAUUUCAAAAUAGUCAUUCUUCCACAUCAAAUUUAUUCCCAUAAAGUUAAUCAGAUUAAUUGCCCUGGUUGCUGAAAGUAUUUGGCCCAGAAGCUUAAUUUUCUGCAGCAAGCCUGCAGGACAAACUCUUCCUUCGUUCGAUUCCGCUGACGAGCAGAGACCAUGGUUCACUGUGACUAGGCGUCGUGCAGCCCGUGACGGGGAGACCCAGUCGCUUGGCAGGUUGAGGCAGUGGCGCUGCAGCCACGGUUCCUGUCCACGUCUGUCUUCGGCCCACAACAUAAAGGCGACAGAAUCUGUUUACAUGUGUAUUAUUUUUACACCCAGCGACACAUCCUUGCUUCGCGCUGUGUCAGAGUUCCUUGCGUUACUUACAAAUUCAGACCGCUUGAAAGCCAGUGGGGAAAUCCCUCUCCAUUUCAUGCAGUUCGAAGCAGAGGCCCACCUAACACCUUCUCCUGGGUAUACCGUGUUGUCUUCCCAGCUGCUUCUGUAAUUGGCUUGCAUUCCUGUGUGGUAUCACACCCAUUUUAACAGAAUAUUAUGUCAUGACCAAAGAAUUAUGACCUCCUGGUUUUAACAGGAGGGAAAGAUGGCUUAUCCUGAUUAUGAGGGUGAAAUUCGUGAGGUGAAAUAUCUUCCAAAUGUAUCUGUUGAAGACGAGGGAAACUUGUACUGCUGUGGAGUAGGGGUAACAAAAAAUAAACCCCAACCAAACAAAUAUCUAUGGCAUAUAUUUUGUGUAUUUAAAUUUCUAUCUAUUUGUCUGAAGUUUGGCAGCACAAAAGCCCCUCUUUAAAACAAUCAUUUUAGUACUAUUUUCACCAAGAAGAAAAGGCGUGUUGUUUGAAACUUCUUGUUAUAUUGGCUUUUCUUUGCAAUUAAUAUCUACAGCGUUGCCACAGCUGUCAUUGCUGAUCAAAGCAAAACCAAAAAUGACAAAUUUUAGAAGGUUUUUCUAAUCUAUAUUGCUAAAGUUUGAGUUUGAGUAAUGCUUUAUCAGUUAGAGUUUCUUUUCAGCCUCUGAAAUAAAGUUUUGAAAUAUUUUAUAACUAAUUAAUGUAUAUUUUGAUGUCCAAACUGAGAUUUCUGUAAAAGAUAAAGUGUGUGUUUAUAUGUGUCUGUGUAUAUUAGCAUUCUGUGUAUGUAUAUAUGCAUAUGUGCACACACAUAUAUAUGUAUAUAUGCAUGUAUCUCUCUAUACUCAUAGAUGUGUGCAUACGUAUAUAUCCACAUGCAUUGAGCACUGGUGUGUGUUAUGAAUAUACAGUGACUGGAAUGGGUACAGUUGAAAUGCAGGUUUAAAGAGCCCCUCACAGCCACAGUGACAGAAGAUGUGACAAAACCCAGAGGCUGUGAAGGAAUCUUUGAACACAUGUUGCAACCAAAAGACACCAACUGUAUAUUCUGCUUAUUCUCUUUUCUUUUUUAAAGAAAGAAAAUGGCAGAAGGAAAACUCCAGAGAUCUCGCAAAGUUCCAGAAUCUGCUGGAAAGAAGACGACUUGUUGGUUGUGAGAAAUCUGUUGAGAUAACAGGUUCAUUGUUCAGAAAGUGUUUGUGCUUUGUCUUCCUUGUUAUGUGGCAAGAGAAGAGGCUUUCGUAACCACAUGUGAAGUACUUAGCUCAGCCAUUUCCCCCAGCUGCACCACGUCUCUGGUGACACAAUGAGAGCCAGUUCAGUCAGACUUGAUGCUCCUUCCCUGCACUGGUCUCUUCCUGGACCAGUUCCAUUAACAACCUGCUACUGAAGCAUCGAUCUUGUGGUCCAGACCUGGGGGUACACAGGGGCUCUGUUGUGCCAGGCCCUUGGGGGGAAGGCACUGCAUUAAUGUAAACAGCAACGUGUUUAAUAGUGUUUGUUCAUCUUGUGUCCUCUUCAUAUCGAUAUGUAAUAGGAAUAACGAUCAGGGAACUGAAGCAUUCUUGUCCUAAGCAGACUUGCGUGUACACGUAGCCCACCCCAACACUGCUCGCUCCUCUAAUUUACUGCUUAGCACUGUUUAUGUUGUCCUUCCUAAAGAGCUACCCAUGUGCUUCCAGACCUCCAUUGUAUCCCAUGGAAACAAUGGCUUUUUGUUUUAAAUUGCGACAGUACACUAAGAAGUAAAAUAUAACUUAGCACUUACCUUCAAAGCACUUUAGAAACGUGAACUAAACCUCACGCUCGCGAGAACUGUUUUACAGAGGAGGGAAGUGAGGCCCACGUGGAGUUGUUUCCAAGGUCACGGACAGAGCCAGAGCAGGACACAGGCCACUGCCCCCUCCGGUGACUGCCGGCCCACCCCAUCGUGCUGCCGAGAGCGUGCCAAUGUCAAACAUUCCCUACAUCGCCUCAUGUCUCAGCAGUCUCUGUGUCACAGGGUCAAUGACAGUGCUUAGUUACACACGGUCAUUAAAGCUGUAGUCUGUAUAAAUAUGCAAUCUGUAUAUACAUACAGAUCACAUAUAUACACACACUUGCCAAGACUGUAUAUACGAAAUUGUUUGGUAUGCACUUACUUUGCUUUAAACUCCUGAAGUUGAACAUUAUAGUGUAGCAAUUUGUGUCAAGUGCACUGUGAUUUCAAGAAAGCACAGUAAAGUCACAGGUCUUGUUAUUCUUGCACUAAAAAUGUGUUUACGUAUAUUAGCCAAUGUAUGUCUACUUUAUCGCUCCUUUUGACAAAGCAAAUGGUAUCAAAUGGUAUGGGACUUUUCUGUUUGUUUGUUUGUUUGUUUGGGAUGUUUCUUUUUAAGUGGGCAAUGGCACUAUGUUUCUAAAUGACAGGGU